UUUUUUUUUUUUACUUCAUUGUCACAAAGUUUUUUUUUUUCGUCUUUAGUUUUAUUUUCCUUGAAUAACUAUAAGAUGGCCAUUGAUAAUGAUCAAGAUUUACCUGAUGAGUUAUUGAAAAAACUGGAAGGUUUACAAUUGGAACUAGAAGAUGGUGAUAUUACACAAAAGGGGUACGAGAAGAAACGAGCAACUCUGUUGGAACAACAUGCACAAAAGAAGAAAGAAGAAGAGGAGGCAUUGUUAGCUUCUUUGGGACCUGAACCUAGUGCUGCUGAUGUGGUUGACUUUUUGGAUUAUUUACCUUCACCUACUCACUCUCCUCCUCGACCUUCCCCUGGCGAACAAAUGAUGGAACAACAUCACCAACAACAACAACAAUCUAGUACUUCCUUGGCAUCACAUUCUACUAUAUCCACUAGUCGUACAUCAUCUAUCACCAAUAAUAGUAUCCAUAAUAGAUAUGUAUCUCCUGAUCCAUAUCAACAACAAUCCAUAUCAGCAGCACCACCACAACAACAACAACAUUGGCAACAACAACAACAACAACAACAACCUCUGGUAGGUUAUGCGUCCGAAAAUACCAUGAAUCCAGGUCAAUACUAUCCUGUCAAUAUGAACACGGGUUCGCCUCGACCAAGCCGAGGUUAUGAUCCUCGCAUGAUACGUCCUCAAUAUGCUCCACAACCUCAGUAUUAUCCAUCAUCAUCAUCAUCACCAUCAUCAGCUCGCCCAUUACCUUCAACACCUAUGUAUCAACGACCUAUGCCACCUCCUGGAUCAGUUUACCCUCAACAACAACCACGUCCAAUGUAUUCAAAUCAACAAAGACCAAUGUAUCGUCCUGGAACUCCAAUUAUCAAUGGUGGGAUGCAGAGACCUCCUCCUCCUCCUCAAAGUGGUGGUAAUAGUGGUGGUGCUUAUUAUCGACCUGGUCCUCCUCCUCAAGGUUAUAAUCUUCAAGGUCGAUCUCCUACUUUGGAUCAACGUAUUCCCUAUGGUUAUAAUGGUGGUGGUGUAUCAAGAUCAUCUACUCAACAUUCUGCUCCAGGAAGAUAUUCAUCCUAGAUUAUUGGGUAUUUUAUAGUAGUUUAAUAAAUUAGUUAUCAAUUUUAGUUAUAGAAAGGUGGAUCAUUAUUAUUCUUUUUUUUUUUUUUUUUGGUUU